AUGGCGGAAUCCGGACAGCCAUCCGCAUUGACAACGGCUUUUGCACCUCCACCGCCUCUCUGGAAGCACUUCACCCCAGAGAACGUGAAAAGACUGGAGGAGAUCAAGAAGGAAGCCUCCAAAGGCGAAGACGGAAAGCCUCGGAAGAAAACCUGGACCCCCGCCGAACUGCGCGCGCUCGACCUUCCUCCUGAGCUACGCUUCCUUGUACCGCCAGAGGUGCCAACCGAAGGCCACUACAGUGUUUUUGGUGAACUCCAAAGUCUCUCUACAGCUCUCCCUUCGUUAAAAGACCAAGGCAUCGAGCAGCUCUAUCCGUCCUCCCCCGCCGCUGAAUCCGGUCGCGACACAUCCGAGCCCUCAAAACCGCUAAACCACGCCUACUAUCUCCUGAAAAUCAGCAAAUCUCUGCUCCUGAACUUCUUGGAGUUCGUCGGAGUGCUAUCCAUCUGCCCGGAGCAGUUCGAGUCUAAAGUGAACGAUUUGCGCAAUCUUUUCAUCAAUGCGCACCACCUGUUGAACCUGUAUCGGCCACAUCAGGCGCGCGAGUCCCUGAUCAUGAUGAUGGAAGAACAGCUCAGUCAAAGCCGGGAGGAGAUCCAGCAGAUGGACAAACUCAAAGCCGAAAUCACGGACGCGCUCGAUCGGCUGAGGAGGCAGGGUGUUGAUGUCGACUCGGCUGCCGGGGCCGCUGUACAAGAAGAGAAGCCUACUACUGCAGAGGCGCAAAUUUCGGACCAUUCGCGCCUUGUGUGGGAUCUCCUGGACGGCGAUAAUUGA